UAGUUGAACCCACCUCGAUAUCAAUUGGUGGGGAAACUGCACCAUGCAUGGGGUAUUCUAGUGCAUGGCUUCUCUAUAAAUUGAACAGCUAUGGAAUCUAAAUUUCCCAAACAAAGCCAAGACAGUUUAAGAUGAAGAGUUUACCUAGUUUUGUCAUCCUUAUGGACAGCAAUAAGCCAUAUAUUGCAAUGAUUUUUAUACAGUUUGUGUAUGCUGGCAUGGCCUUGUUUUCCAAGGCAGCAAUAGCCAAAGGAAUGAACCCUUUUGUGUUUGUUGUUUAUCGGCAAGCAUUUGCCACAGUUGUCUUAGCUCCGUUGGCUUUCUUCAUUGAAAGAAAGAAGUCUGCUCCCCUCUCAUACAAAUUAGUAUGGAAGAUAUUUUUGGUUUCCUUAUUUGGGCUUACCCUGAGUUUAAAUCUCUACUAUAUUGCAAUGAACUACACUUCUGCAACAUUUGCUGCUGCCACUACAAACACAAUUCCUGUCAUUACCGUCAUGAUGGCCAUAUUAUUGAGGAUGGAAAGCAUUACAAUAAAGCAAUGGCAUGGAGUCGCCAAAGUUUUGGGUUCUGUACUAACUGUUUCAGGGGCUUUGGUGUUUGCCUUUGUCAAGGGACCUCCUAUAAAGUUCAUGAACAAUUUCUCGACAAACCCAAGUGAAAUUCCAACCCCAUCCAUCAACCAUUGUAAUUCGAAAGGGGACUGGGUAAAAGGUUCUCUUAUCAUGCUCUCUGCCAACACAGCAUGGUCCUUGUGGCUUGUUAUGCAGGUUCCUGUAAUCAAGCAAUAUCCAGCAAAACUACGUCUGACAACUCUGCAAUGCUUCUUUAGCUGCAUACAAUCUGCAGUUUGGGCUGUUGCGGUGGAGAGGAAUGCGUCAGCAUGGAAGCUUCAAUGGGAUGUUCAUCUUCUUUCUGUCGCCUAUUGUGGAGUGAUUGUCACCGGGAUUACGUACUGGUUGCAAGUAUGGGCUAUAGAGAAGAAAGGCCCAGUAUUUACAGCCAUGUUCACUCCAUUUGCACUCAUCAUAACAGCAAUCUUCUCAUCAUUCCUGUGGAAGGAGGUUCUUCACGUGGGAAGUGUUUGUGGGGCCAUAUUGCUGGUGGGAGGUCUGUAUGGGGUUCUGUGGGGGAAGAACAAAGAAGGAAAAGGGGAAACAAAUGAACAAAAAGCAGAAUCCAAAGAGGAAGUAGUGUUGGAGAGCAUUUCAACACAUCAGUGACUCAUGAUGGGCAUAUAUGCAAAUAUAGCUUUCAGUGAGGAUAUGUUCCCAACAAAUUAGGUUGUGCCUAAUAGCAUAUCUUUACUAGCUAGCUAGGGGAAUCAUUCCUAACUUGGAACAGUAUAGCUUGUACAAUUCUCAAGUGUUUUGUUUUGUUUUGUUUUAGGGUAUUGCUACAUCCCCUAAAAAUACCCCUUUAAUCCCCAUAAUUUCCAUAUCAAGUUAAAAAAAAAAGAAAA